GAGUCUGGUUGCCACGGGUGGAUCGGACUCUCCGAUCUCUGGCGAGAUAUUACGCGUGGAUUAUCGGAGGGGAGAUUCCGGCUUCUGUUUCGGGUGGUGGUAAUGGAAGACUCGGAGCUGCCCUCUGGAUUAUUGGAGAUCUGCGUGGUGGUGGGGGCAAAUCCGGAGAAGAUCAGAGAAAUCGACAAGGUAGCACAAAAAGGAAUAAAGAGCUCGCAGUUCUUGGAGCCGGAGAUACUCUCUGUUUUUGUUCCUCCGUUUGUAUUAAAAGAGGAACCCCAGGUAACCGCCACAUCCCAGAAUAACUUUCAGAGGGUCGCCAAGAGACGCUCCUUCAGAAAGAAGAAAGACAAAAAUAAGCCGGAGAACCCGUCCAGCGGGGCCGCUGACCAGAAAGAGACGCCCGCCGAGGAUAUAAGCGUGCCGAAGGACGUCGACCUCAACGGCUUGCCGGGGCUCUGCUUUCCAGGAGGCCUCCAAGUGACGUUGGAACCUAAGGACGACCACUUUCACUUCCUGGUCUUCACUGAUGUUUACGGGAACAGAACGUACGGAGUGGUCACUCAGUUCUACAGAACCGUCCAGAAUGCGUUGGGUUUAUGCAAUGGCCAGGCGUACUGGGACUCUUCCUCCGGGAACACCCAGAAGUCCGUCGACAUCUUCGUACCCUUCGCUGUGUGCGUUAUCUCCAGGUACCCGUACUACAACGCACUUAAGGAUUGCCUUUCCUGUUUACUGGUCCAACUAAAGUCCUGCCGAGAUACGGACGUCGAUGGCCGCGUUAAGGAGUUUGCAGCCAAAUUAGCUCUGAUUCCGAAUCCGCCUCCGGGACCCCUGCACCUGGUGUUCAGCAUGAAACCUCUCCACGUCGUCUUCCCCUCGCGAGAAGAUCCGGACAGCCCGAUCAUCGACCUGGAUCUCCACCUUCCGUUUUUGUGCUUCACACCCAAAGAAGUGUUACAGAUCAUGUCCUGCAUCCUCACCGAGCAGAGGAUCGUGUUCUUCUCGUCGGACUGGGCGCUGCUGACGCUGGUCGCCGAGUGCUUUAUGAUUUACUUGCACCCCAUGCAGUGGCAGCACACGUUCGUCCCGAUCUUAUCACGGCAGAUGCUGGAUUUCAUCAUGGCGCCCACGUCCUUUCUGAUGGGCUGCCAUCUGGAUCACUACGAGGAAGUGAAGAAGGAGGCAGAAGAUUUAGUGUUAAUUAACAUCGAUAACGGGAGCAUCGCCUACCUGAACGGCGAAGAAGAGACCGAUGUUCCAGAUAUCCCUGUCAACGCUGCAGAGAGUUUUAUAUCCAGGGUUGAGGGUCUCCGGUUCCACUACGACCUCGAGUUAAGUCACCUCGGCUCCCCCGUGGAUCUCGUUGAGCUGAGGAUGCGCAGGAAGCUCUGGCAGCAGAACCUGAACUCCGAGUUGCAGGAGGCGGCGCUGCAGCUUCUCGUUGACAUCUUCAGAGAUGUUAAAGGCCACCUGAACUACGAGCACCGAGUAUUCAACAGCGAAGAGUUCCUGAAGACGAGGGCGCGGGGCGACUAUCCCUUCUAUAAGAAGGUUUUGGACACCUAUACGUUCCACUCGUUCCUAAAGGCUCGGCUCAACAAAAGGAUGGACGCCUUCACGCACGUGGAGCUCAGAACCUCUUCCGAAGUCAACGGGUGCUCUAACGUAAGGGGGAUGACGCUGUGUCCCGAUAACCCAAGGAGUCGCGCCCCGGAGAAGGCGAAGCGCUUCCGCCCCGAGCACAUGUUCAGUAAGAAGCUGGUGAUCAGUAUGCCGAAUCUGCUGGAGACCGCCGAGGACAGCCUGCCCACGCGCCACUUCUCCCUCCGAAAACCCAGCGCCGACCACGGAAUAAAAGCCCCGGAGAAAACUGUUUACUCUUUCAAGCUUCCGGAAAUUAGCUUUCCUCUCGUGAGCCGAAGUGUCCAGGCCUACUACUCCGACUUCAACAACUAUCUCAGCAAAGAGAUCAACUGUCUCCCUCCCCAAAACUCUGCCCUCCUCGCCCGCUAUCACUACCUCCGAGGCCUCAUUAACCUGACGCAAAGCAGGCUCCUCAACGCGCUUUCGGACUUCCAGAACUUGUACAAAACCGACAUACGCAUUUUCCCCGCCGAUCUGGUCAGGAAGGUGGUCCUCUCUCUGCCACCUUCGGAACGGCAGCAGGCGGAACGUAAGCCGGAGCUCAAGAGGUUGAUAAGCCAGGUCUUGGAGAAGGAGAGGGAGGCGAUUAGAGCCGACGACCGCGUCAAGAAGUUUGAGUUGCCGAAGACUCACAUGCAGAUGAACGACUUCAUCCGGCGGGUCCAGGAAUCUGGAAUCGUGAAGGAUACGGAUACGAUACGGCGGCUGUUCGAGGCGCUGACAGUGGGUCACCAGAAGCAAGUGGACCCCGAUAUCUUCAAGCAUUUCUACACCUACUGGAAAGAAACGGAGGCCGAAGCCGAAGCAGUCGACCUUCCUUCUGUCAUCACUGAAUGUUUGGAUAAGAACGAGUUCGUCUACAAGCUGUCAAGCUCCGUCAAGACGACUUACGGCGUAGGAAAGAUAGCGAUGACUCAGAAACGCCUCUUCCUCUUGUCUGAGGGCAGACCCGGCUUCACCGAGAUAGCCACGUUCAGGAAUAUAGAGGAGGUGAAAAGCACCACCGUCACUUUCCUUGUGUUACGGAUUCCAACCCUUCGGAUAAAAGACUCCUCAAAAAAGGAGCUCUUCGAGGCUAACCUGAAGUCCGAGUGCGAUCUGUGGAAUUUGAUGAUCAAGGAGAUGUGGGCUGGAAGGAAGAUGGCCGACGAUCACAAGGAUCCUCAGUACAUCCAAGAAGCUCUGACCAACGUCCUUCUGAUGGACGCUGUCGUUGCCUCUCUGCAAACGUCCAAAGCGAUUUACGCCGCUUCCAAACUUUCCCACUUUGACAGGAUGAGGAAUGAAGUGCCCAUGAUGGUUCCAAAAACAACUGCAGAAACCUUGAAGCACCGGAUCAACCCGUCGUCGGGGGAGACGGUGGCUCAGUCCGUGGAUGUGCUUUUGUACACGCCAGGGCAGCUGGAUUCGGCGGAGGGCGAUGACUCCCCCAAACUGUGGUGCGGCCUGUGCGAGGGGAAGGUGGUCGUGUUUAACGCCUCCACCUGGUCCAUUCUGCAUCACUGCUUUAAAGUGGGGAGCGCCAACCUGAGGUGCAUGGUGGGAGUGGAGCAAAACCAGGUGUGGAUUGGAUCCAGCAACUCUACCAUCUACAUCAUAAACACGCACAGCAUGUCCUGCAACAAGCAGCUGACUGACCAUCGCACCGAAGUCGUGGACAUCGUGGUGGACGCUGCCGCCGGUCCGAGGAGGAUCUCCUACUCCUGCAGUGCGGACGGCAGCGUCCUUGCCUGGGAUAUAAACACCCUUAAGAUUCACCAUCGCUUCCAGCUGCCGUGUCAAACCGUCACGUCCAUGAAAGCCUACGACGACUGCCUCGUGUACUGCGCCAGAGACUCUGUUCUUUUGACCAACAAGUCCGGCCACCCGUUACAGAAGUUAGAAAUCACCGAAAGCCUGCAAAAGAUCGGCUCCGCUUUCCACUGCAUCCAGUUACUCUCCGCGAGGCAGCAGCUCUGGGCGUCGUGUAAGGGGAGCAACGAAGUCUUUGUUUUCGACAUGGCCGAUUUGUCCAGAGCCCCGGUCAAGAUCCUUCUUCAAGACUGUACGGAGAUCACCUGUAUGCUGAAGGUCAAACAGCAGAUGUGGGUCGGCAGUAAAGGGAUAUCACAGGGUAAAUCCAAAGGGAAAAUCUACAUCAUUGAUGCUGAAAAGAAGAUCGUAGAGAAGGAACUGGUCGCGCAUGCAGACGUGGUGAAAUCCUUAUGUUCGGCGGAAGACCGAUAUGUUCUAAGUGGAUCUGGAAAAGAAGAUGGAAAAGUGGCAAUCUGGAAAGUGGAAUAA